AAACGCGUUGUUGCAUCGAGUGGCGAGCUUAACAUUACAGACGUGACAUCCGAAGACAACGGGGAGUAUACAUGUGUGGCUAGAAAUAUUUUUGGAGUGAUGGCCUCAUUGGCUACUUUAUCAGUUCAAGUUGGUGCAUCGAUCAUUCAAAAACCUGUUGAAGAAGGGAGCAGAGUGAGUCUGGUCUGCCAAGCUGCUGGUCAUCCGACACCAACGGUAUCUUGGCGAAAAGCCGUCGGUAAGUUAUCGAAGGGGAGGUCGAGAGUUCUGAAGGGAAAACUGGAAAUAACCAACUUGACAAAGGCAGACGGUGGAGAUUACAUUUGCUCUGCAAAGAACAUUCUAAACGAGGACUAUACAUUCGCACAAGUUACGGUAAUGGAACAACUUAAAUUAACUUCACCUCCUUUCAUAAAACACACAGCAAACAUGUCUGAUGAUGUAUUACUGACUUGUUCAGCACAGGGAGCAGGAGAAAUCAUGUGGCAGCGGAAAGGUCAAAUUCUUCCUUCAGGUCAUAUCCUUUAUUCCAAUGGCUCCCUUCUUCUUAAAAACGUUUUACCGAAUGAUGCAGGAUCCUACACUUGCUGUGCGAGACAUUUUCAUCGCUCCGUUACAGCAUGUACUGUGCUCGAAGUUCGAAAGCUAACCUGGAGCUCUUGCAGCGAAAUAAAGAGGUACAUUAGAGGAACCCUUUCAGGCACUUAUACGAUUGACCCUGAUAGUGAUGGAGGCGUGACACCCUUCAAUGUGUACUGUGACAUGAGUGACAAGGGUGGUGUUGGCGUGACGGUCAUCAGUUACUACAGUGAGAGGAGAACUCACGUUGGCCCCAAUUUAUGUCAGCCCAAAGGAUGUUAUAGUAAAGACGUGCGUUACACUGGGGUGGGCACUGCUCAGCUGACAGCACUAACUAGAGCCUCACAAAACUGUGAACAAUAAUUUAUCAAGUAUGAAUGCAAUAAUGACGUUGGGUUUCUUGAUAAGGGCUAUGCCUGGUGGGUGUCACGUGACGGAGCACGUGAACUACUGGGGAGGAGCUACAGGAUAUGACAUGACGUGCGCAUGCGGACUGACAAACUCGUGUUCUAAUGGGCAGAAGUGUAAUUGAUACGAAGGGGGCGGUAGAGACGCCGGCAGGAGAAAGGACAGCGGAAUAUUAACAGAUAAGUCUGUUCUCCCGGUAACAGAAAUCAGAAUCGGAGACGUAGAUCAAUCACAUGAAGAAGCAUUUCAUACAUUGGGUAAACUCAAGUGUUAUGG